UCUGCGCAUGCUCGCGUCGAGAAUCGUAAUUUCCGUUAUAUGUACGUCAUCGGCGUACGUGCAGCGGCCAUUAGACUUCCGUUCUUCAAGGGUAUCCGAAGACACCAGAGCAGGCAACAUGUACCGGUUUGGCAAAGCUGUAGCGACCGUCACCAGUCAGGCCACACGGCAGGUGAGGCACGGCUCCUCUGUCCGCCAGGACUUCCACGCCAAGUACGGCAACGCAUUAUUGGCCGGCGGAGUUGGCUUCUCCACAGCUGUUUGGGCAUAUGUGCUGACGCAGACUGGCAUCACCUGGAAUAUGUCACCAGUUGGGAAGUUGAUGCCCAAGGAGUGGAGAGAGAGCGAGGAGUAAGGAGCCGCCAUGACAGACCUAUAUCCCACCUACCAAACCUUCUGGUUGUACAGAUGAAUAAUGAAUAUCUGCGUGUUCAGACAGUCAACGCCUGUGUUAUUCCAACAUGUUACUUGAGAAUAAAUUAAGUGUGAUUCUA